UUCAUACAUCAUUCCAGGAAAUCUCACCUAAGGAAUUACCCUUACUGCCUAAUGAAAGUCCUAAAAAAUAAAUCUUUAGAGUUUGUAACCACUUCUCCUUUUCUUCUCCAAACAGAUGAGUUUCCAAACCCUUACAUGGCUCCAGGGAACCUCACCCUGGUGACUGAGUUCAUUCUCAUGGGAGUCUCAGACCGCCCAGAGCUCCAGAUUCCGCUCUUCUUUGUUUUCCUGGUGAUCUAUGGGCUGACCAUGGCAGGGAAUCUGGGCAUCAUCACCCUCACCAGUGUUGACUCUCAACUUCAAACCCCCAUGUACUUCUUCUUGCGCCAUUUGGCUAUCAUCAAUCUUGGCGAUUCUACUGUCAUUGCCCCUAAAAUGCUGAUCAAUUUUUUAGUACAGAAGAAAACCACCUCAUACUAUGAAUGCGCCACCCAACUGGGAGGGUUCUUAUUUUUCAUUGUAGCCGAGGUGCUCACGUUAGCUGUGAUGGCUUAUGACCGCUAUGUGGCCAUUUGUAACCCCCUGCUUUACAUGGUGGUGGUAUCUCCACAGAUCUGCCUUCUGCUGGUAUCCCUCACAUACCUCUAUGGCUUUUCCACAGGUAUUGUGGUUUCAUAUUGUAUAUUUUCUCUGUCUUAUUGCUCCUCCAAUGUAAUCAAUCAUUUCUUCUGUGAUAUUGUCCCACUGUUAACAUUGUCCUGCUCUGAUACUUACCUUCCAGAGACAAUAGUAUUUAUAUCCGCAGCUACAAAUUUGGUCUUAUCCUUGAUAAUAGUUGUAGUAUCUUAUUUCAACAUUGUAUUGUCCAUUCUAAGGAUGCGUUCAUCAGAAGGAAGGAAAAAAGCCUUUUCCACAUGUGCUUCACAUAUGAUGGCUGUCACUGUGUUCUAUGGGACCCUUCUCUUCAUGUAUUUGCAGCCUCAAACUAACUACUCAUUGGAUACUGAUAAAAUUGCUUCCGUGUUUUAUACACUGGUGAUCCCCAUGUUGAAUCCCAUGAUCUACAGCCUGCGGAAUAAGGAUGUGAAGGCUGCCUUACAGAGAUUUCUAACAAUUUCAUGCUAUUCCUUAAAAUCAGUGUAA